ACCAUACCAACUUUCAGCCUGCCAGCACAGCUCACGUGCUCCGCCAGCAGUUUUACGCUACCGGUGCAAAAAGACAUCACCGACAGCCAAAGCAUUGCAACAGAACGCAAACCAAGCACCAUGCACAAGUUUAGGCGAGCAAUGCUCGCCGUGCUGGCGCUGGCCUCAACAACAGCCCUCAACUCAAAACCAAAGCGGAUCACGCCUCCAAAACUGCCGCGCCAGUGCGCUGCAGUUGUCGCUAGCCUCGCCAUCGCGGCGGCGGCGCCGUUUCCCGCGUCGGCGGCGAUGAGCGAUCCCGCCGCCGUCGGGAGGUGCGUCGUCUCGCAGUGCACGGGCAAGCUGGCGCGAUGCCUGACGUCGCCCAAGUGCGCCGCGAACCUGGUGUGCAUCAACAGCUGCACGGGGCGCAAGGACGAGUCCGAGUGCCAGAUCCGCUGCGGCGACCUCUUCGAGAACGAGGUCGUCGGCGACUUCAACGCGUGCGCGGUGUCGCAGAAGAAGUGCGUGCCGCAGCGCCAGGACGACGGCGCGUACCCCGAGCCGUCGCCGGAGGCGAUCGUGAAAAAAUUCGACACGCGAGUCUUCAACGGGCGGUGGUACAUCUCGGCGGGCCUCAACGACGCGUUCGAUACGUUCGACUGCCAGGUCCACUUCUUCAACGCGCCGACGCCGAAGACGCUCUACGGCCAGCUCAACUGGCGCAUCACGGAGCCCGAUGGCGAGUUCUUUACGCGCGACACGAUACAGCGCUUUGUCGAGGACGAAAAGAGGCCGGGGAUCCUCUACAACCACGACAACGAGUACCUCCACUAUCAGGACGACUGGUACAUUCUCGAUUACGAGGCUGGCAAGGGAAACGACGACUCGGACGCCUUUGUGCUCGUCUACUACCGCGGCCGGAACGACGCGUGGGACGGCUACGGCGGCGCGGUGCUCUACACGCGGACACCGAACUACUCGGCCGCCGUGAAGGAGCGGGCGACGGCGGCCUGCGACAAGGCGGGUCUUGGGUUUAAAUUCGCGGACCUGAAGGCGCCGGACAACAGCUGCAGCGCCGAGUCGGCCUCGGAGCGGCUCCUCCUCCGCGAGAAAUAUGCAUCAAAGGUCCUACUCACGGGCGAGCGCGCCCUCCAGGAGGAGGUGACCCAGGUCCGCCGCGCGGCGGCCUCGACCAUCCAGGGCGACGUCAAGGUCGCGGCCAAGGCCGCGAAAAAGCUGGAAAAGCUCGUCGCCGACUUCGAGGCGACAGCCGCGGCCGACGCGCGGGCCCUCGAGAAGGAGAUCGUCAUGGACGUCGUGAACAUCGAGAAGGAGGUCGAGCGGGACGUGUUUGGUUUGCGGCGGUCGUCCGACGCGCCGCGAUAGGGUUGUGUUUUUUUGUGGGAAGGGUAAGUUUGUGACUGAC